AUUUUUCUUUUGCGGCUGUGCGUGUUUUCCUCGUUUGUGGUGGCCUCGUGAGCGUGAAUCAAAACACUUCAUUAUUACAUUGGUGCGGGCGGAUUCAAAAUUGCGAAUUACGGACUGAAACAUUGAAAAAUGUGGCCGUUCUAGCAAACCAAUCAAUGAUGCAUAGAUUUACGCUCAUUAGUCGAGUGUGGUGGGAAUCCGCGCACCGGUUAACAAACCAGUGCUUGCCGCAGUCUCAAGGACACCACCAAAUCGUCCGACUGUAUGUUAGCAGAGCACCCGUGGAUCACCUGAAAUUAACCGCAUCUAAGAAGCUGUCCGAUGAUAAGAAUGCAUUGCAGAAGCAGACCCCGCUUGCUACCCCACUGGCGGUUCCGAUCAUUGUACCACCUACAACGUUGGACAACAAAGCUCUAGUCAAUGAAAUAUCGAAAACUGUUGGUCUGGCCACGGAUCCUAGUAGAGAUGGUAACAAAUCGAAAGAUGAAGUUAUCGCUUCUAUUCGUUCACUGCCAGGAUUCAGCCGGUUAAUUUACCACUAUCUUAUGUUGUCGAAAAUUCGACUGACAUCUUUGGUGGUAAUGACCACGAUGGCUGGAUACGCAAUGGCCCCUGCUCCUUUCGAGUUGUCCACGUUCCUCCUCUGUUCUGUGGGAACAACACUCGUUUCGGGUGCAGCCAACUCCAUCAACCAGGUCAUCGAAACUUCGUUCGAUGCACAAAUGCCCCGGACCAGAAAUCGGGUUCUAGUCAAAGGCCAUUUAAGUCGACUUCAUGCAGUUGGAUUCGCAAUGGGUGCAAGUACGAUCGGAGUGGGGAUGCUGUAUUUCGGUGUUAACGAGUUGACGGCAUUCCUGGGAGCAGCAAACCUAAUCCUGUAUACAAGCAUCUAUACACCGAUGAAGCGGUACAGCAUACUGAAUACCUGGGUUGGUUCGCUGGUGGGUGGCAUUCCGCCUCUGAUGGGAUGGGCCGCGUGUACCGGGGACAUCGGUGUUGGUGGCUGGAUCCUAGCAGGAUUGCUGUACUGUUGGCAAUUCCCUCACUUCAACGCCCUUUCGUGGAACAUCCGUCCAGAGUACCUGAAAGCCGGUUACAAGAUGAUGGCAAAUUCCCACCCAGAGCUUUGCACACGAGUGUCCUUGCGUCACACCGGAUAUAUAACGGCACUUUCGCUCCUUGCGCCGGUACUCGAUGUCACCAACGUUUGGUUUGCCCUGGAGUCACUUCCUCUAAACGCAUACUUCGCGUACCUUGCUUGGGAUUUCCACCAAAAAGCUGAUAGUAAAAGUUCUAGAAAGCUGUUCCGGUUCUCUUUGAUUCAUUUGCCAAUUCUGAUGGCACUGUUCCUACUUAACAAAAACCAUUGGGUAUUCUCCCAAGAGAAGAAUACUGCGGAAACUUUAGCCAUUGAUGUUGAGCUUCUAGAAGAUGAGAAGAACAAAAAGGAUGAAUACUUGGUACCAAAUGCGGUUUUAGAAGUGGCCAAUCUUGGUGCAACCAGUGGAAGUAUCAAAGCGAUUGAGGAUAAUCUUCUGACGAACGUUGCCAGUGUAUUACCAACCACAGGGGCUGGUAAACAGAAGCUAUAAGUGCUGAGAUAAAUAAUAUUUAAAAUGUUGUAAUUUUAAACGACACACAAAUAACUGCAUAAAACAAAUUGAUUGUU